AUCACUUCUUUUACGUUCAAAAUGGGCUAUGUUGUUUGCAAGCCUUACGUGCAUUUUACCACGACUACACGCUUUUUAGUCUCCUCCCCAUGCGGUGUCGGCACCCCAUACCCUCCUACAUAAUAAACACCUUAUUGCCCCUCAGUCGACCAAAAGCAAUUGGAUUUUAAACAGCUUAUGCAGUGAUCUCCAGUUUGAUAGGCCUUAAUCUGCUCUCACAAUGAUCGGAACGAACAGCAGCUUUCUUUCCCUGUCUGUUGACUUCAACUCCCUAGGAGACUAUUUCCUCUUCAUCUUUCAUGUCACUGCUGGGAUCAGCACCGUCCUGGUAGCAGGUUCCGUGGUGUGCGGUAUCAUUGCCAAUCGGACACUUUUUACUCAACACCGUUUUAUAUUUAUGUUGAACACCAGCAUCUCUGACACACUGACCGGUUGUGGCAUUUUCUAUCAGUUUCUGUUUGAUGUAGAGGUGGGGUUUAACACUCUGAGCUGGGCUUUUUACAUCAUCCCCACUCUGCUUGGGGUUAAUAUCCUGACCUUUCUAUUCGCGCAGUUUGACCGAUAUUUUGCUGUGUGCCAUCCCUACAUAUACGGUCGCUUCAUCACCACAAAGGUUGUCAUCUGUGUGAACGCCUACAGCUGGGUUCACAUGUAUUGCCAGGGGCUUCUCCAACACCUGUUGCCUAGAUCUAAACUCUCACAUAUGGUCAUUUAUAUCAGAAUGAGUAUAUUUGUCAUAAUCUUUAUCAAAGUAUCUUUGACUGUCAAACUGUUCUUCGUGGCCAGAUACCAGCUGCUCCGUGAGCCUCCAGGCCCAGAGAGAGACAGUAAGAAAGAGUCUUUGCUGGUCAUAAUAGUCGUAGUUUUGUUUUUCCUGCUCUUCUGGUGUCCAAGCAUGCUCUACACGAUUGUUGUCACACUGAUAAGAAAACACGUCUUCUUCAGAAACGAUGCAUAUAACCCUAUGAAAAUCCUAUCCAGGACCAACGCUCUGUGCACUCCUUCACUGUACCUGUGGGCGAGCCCCUCACUCAGAGCGGCUGUGUGGAAAACUGUGUGGAGUAAAAUCUGCUGCCGCAAAACAAACACACGGUUGGUAACACUUUUGUAA